ACCAGUAAGGUCUGGUAACCAGGCAUAUUCCACCGACCUCUUCACCCCCAUAAUAAAGAUAUUAUACACGAAAGCUAUCAAAUCCCCCUCCCCCCUAAAAAAAAAGGCUUUUUAGUGUUCAAGAAGCCUACACAAUGAGGAUAAUCACGCUAGUGGUGGUGGUGCUAUUAUCGGUAACCACGCACGCUACAAUCUUCACUAAGCGCGUCAUCAGUGAGGACGCCACCUACCUCAAUGAUGUUGGCGCCGAGUGCGACAGGCAGAGUCCGUGUGGCUGGGAGAUCUACGGCGACCUUCGACGGCAUGUCUACUAUCUACGGAACGAGUGUGACUGCCCCUCGGGCACUCGCUGCAUCAGGGUCGAGGACGAUAUCCUGCAGGAGGCCUACGUCUACAAGUGUCGUAGGAUCGGCUCACCCAAGUACUGAAGAAUGGACGAACAACCUCCAGGAGGGAAGGACAUGGAGCCGGAACCCCUUCACGGCAUUGGACCACUUCUGAAAGAACUUUAGGACAAACUGUAUAAAUAAUUUUGGUGCAUAUGUAUGGGUGUGUUUAGGGAGCGAAAGCCAUUCGUUGUAUGUAACAACAGCCUGUUAAUGGCUGUUUUUAAGUGGGAAAGAACUAUGAUAUUUGCGAAUUAGAUAUUCAUAAAAAAGAGCAUAUUAGGAUACCAAUAUAUUAACAUGGUCUUAAAUUAUAUUUUUAAAACUGAUUAUAAACAAGAUUAAGAUGUUAAUACUUAUGCUUAUAUACAUAAGCGGGGCUUUAACAGCUGCCAUGCUCACUACGCCACUGAGAGGUUGGACAAAAAUAUGUAACAAGGCUAUAUACACCAAGAGAUAUAUACCCCCUCUUCUUGAUGCAUAUACACUGAGUUUACUUUAGUCCAGGAUAAUAUUCAAGCCUAAAGUUUACCUGCUGGUUGGUUAGCGAGCUAUUGUGGUGAUUAGUAACUGGUUGACGGCCGAGAUGUAAACUGAGGUUGACGGCCGAGAUGUAAACUGAGGUUGACGGCCGAGAUGUAAACUGAGGUUGACGGCCGAGAUGUAAACUGAGGAUGACGGCCGAGAUGUAAACUGAGGUUGACGGCUGAGAUGUAAACUGAGGAUGACGGCCGAGAUGUAAACUGAGGUUGACGGCCGAGAUGUAAACUGAGGUUGACGGCCGAGAUGUAAACUGAGGUUGACGGCCGAGAUGUAAACUGAGGAUGACGGCCGAGAUGUAAACUGAGGUUGACGGCCGAGAUGUAAACUGAGGAUGACGGCCGAGAUGUAAACUGAGGUUGACGGCCGAGAUGUAAACUGAGGUUGACGGCCGAGAUAGAUAUCGCAACAUAAAUGUUAAAAAACACAUCUUCAGUCAGAACAAAUGUUUCUAUA